GUACUCGAAUGUGCUUGGGAGGCAUUAGUUCGUCAGAUACACGCAGCCGCCGAUUUGGAUGGCGUCAUCGAAGCUCAUCAAGUCUUUUUGACCACUGUAAUUACGCGCUGUUUGCUCGAUGCUGACUCUCGACAGCUGGCCGGCCACCUACGCUCCAUAUUCGACUUGAUAAUAUGUUAUACUCUUCUUCAUCAUGAACUAAGCGAUGCUGCCCUUACCGAGGCGGAGGCGAGGUGUCGGUAUCAAGAGGAGGUAGGUAAUAUUGGAUGA